GGCAGUAGAGGCUCCCGCUCACCCAUUCAGGAAUGAAGAACUGUUCCAAGCUGGUGAUUUUUCGAUCGACGAAUACAGGCCCAUGAAAGUUGUCUGCAUCGGUGCUGGCUUCAGCGGGAUCACUGCAGGCAUUCGGUUCUCCCAGAGGGUGCCGAAUAUCGACCUGAAGAUUUACGAUAAGGCUGCUGGAGUCGGCGGCACAUGGUAUGCCAACAAGUAUCCUGGACUUGCGUGCGACAUACCUUCUCACUGCUAUCAACUCACAUUCGAGGAAAACCGCCAAUGGUCCUCGUUCUACGCGCCCGGCCCAGAGAUCCUAGCAUACCUGCAAAAUCUGGUAAUGAAGUACAAGAUCACGAGGUAUAUACAUCUGCGACACGAGCUCAUGAGCGCUCGAUGGGAUGCCGAUGCUGGCAAAUGGCACUUGCGCAUUCGACGACAUUCUUCGCUUAGCGAUGGCAAGACCGAAGUUGUACCUCCGUCGCCGGCAAGUUCCUCUCGAGACUCGACCUUAGUUGAUGAAGAGUAUGAAGACUUUGAAGAUAUUACCGAUGUGCUGUUCCUCGGUACUGGUGCACUCAGUCGGUGGUCUUGGCCUGAUAUCGAGGGUUUGAAUAAUUUCAAGGGACGCCUGCUUCACAGCGCCCAGUGGGACGUAUCAGACGGUGCGUGGGAAGAAGGGGUAAAGGACUGGAACAAGAAGGACGUUGGAGUGAUUGGAUUGGGUUCAACCGCUCUUCAAAUUGUCCCAGCACUGCAGCCAAAAGUAAACCACCUGGUGAACUUUGUGCGUGGGAAAACAUGGAUUGCACCGUCCGCCUGCGAGGAUAAACUCGUACACCUGUUAUCCCGUCCCUCAUCUGGGAAUCACACCUUCACCGAGGAAGAGCGCCGUUUAUUCGAAGACACAGAAUAUUACAAGUCAUUCCGACAUAGCCUAGAAUCUGAACUCAAUGCAGCUUACAGUAUAUGCUUGCGCGACUCUCCAAUACACAAGGCGGUCACAGAGAUUUUCCGAAAGGAUAUGGUUGCACGAUUAGCGAAGAAGCCAUGGAUUGCUGAUUAUAUCGUUCCCUCUUUCGAGGUUGGUUGCAAGCGACUCACCCCAGGGCCUGGAUAUCUCGAAGCACUCUGUGAGGAAAACGUCCACUUUGAGACCACGCACAUCAAACGUGUCACGCAUAAUGGUGUAGAACUUAUCGACGGGCGCCAUCACAAGCUCGACGUGCUUGUCUGCGCGACUGGUUUCGAGACAUCCUAUCGCAUGCCGUUCGACGUGAUCGGUCGUGAAGGACGCGACCUGCGUGUCCAAUGGGAGCCACACGCGUCAGCAUAUCUUGCUGUCGCUGUUGACGGCUUCCCCAAUAUGUUCAUGUCACUCGGCCCCAACUCAUUUGUCAAUGCGGGCUCCCUUCUCGGGCUUAUGGAGCGCCAGGUUGAUUAUGCUGUUGCUGCCACGUUGAAAUUACAGCGUGAACGCUUGAAGAGCAUGGAGGUCAAAGCAGAAGCUGUUGCUGAUUAUAACGAAUAUUUGAAGGAUUAUUUUCCAAAGACUGUAUUUUCUGGCCAGUGCCGCUCGUGGUAUAAGAGCAAGGAUGGUUCGAUCACAGGUUUAUGGCCAGGAUCUUGCUUGCACGCUAUUUGUACUCUGUCGCAUCCGCGGUGGGAAGAUUUUAACUACGAACUGUUUGACAAGACGCGCAACAGGUUCUUCUGGCUUGGUGAUGGUCAAACUCACAACGAGAAAAUGAUGACUGGUGAUCGAGCGUGGUAUUUGAACGAUGAUCAAGUCGAUAUUCCGCCAGUACCAAUAGACUAAACCUAUGUUACAUGAAUGCCAAGACUGAUAUGACGGACGCACG